AUGACUAUAAAAUAUUUCUUAUUUUUGUUCAUUUUAUUUGAUAUUAUCCAAUCAUAUUUGAAACCUUGUAAAACAUUUGAACCAUCAUCCACAACAUGGCAACAUUUAACUCCUUAUGAAAAAGAAGGUUUACAUUCAUUAUGUACAUUAUUAAAAAAAUUGAAAGAAAAAUCAUCAUCACCAGACGAUAUUGUUCAACCGUUGGUGCUUCUUGAAUCGAUGGAGCGUUUACUCAAUGAACAUGAAUCCGAUAAUUCAACAUUGUCUAUAACUGGACAUUCAAUUAUUCAUCAAAUUGAUUCGAUUCAGGGUCUAAAUAAUAAAAAUCGGGGUAUAAAGCGUAAAAUAAAUCAUUCACCAACAAAUUCUAAUUGUUCAAUAUCACCGAACGCUAAUUCGACAAAACAACUACAACAGCAGCAGCAAAGUCCCAUGCAUCCCCAUUAUGACCAACAUUAUUUACAUCAAAAUUCUCACAAUCAGCAUCAUCAAUUUCAAGCUCAAAUGCAGCAGUAUCAAGGAAACGCUUCUUUGACGACAAAUAUUGUCACAUUACAACCGUGUUCAACAAUAAUGCUAUCACAACCUCUAGCUGGAGCAACGAAUCCAUCUCAAUCCUCUUCUUCGUCUCCAUCAUCAAGCAUUAUUAAUUAUUAUCCGCAACAACAACAACAACAACAACAGCAUUAUGCCUCAAUGAACAAUUAUCACCAUUCACAUCAUAUUCAACAGAAUGGAGUACAUUACAAUCAUUUUAAUCAACCAAAUCAUAUGAACGGUACAAAUCAAAUAUCAAAUGGAUUACAUCAUCAGCAGUCACAACAGCAGCAACAACCACAACAACAGCUACCAUUACCUUCGCCGACAUCAGCCACGAACCAAAAUUAUACUGACAAAUCGAUAGCUGGAAAAGACAGACAUAAAAGAGUCAGAUGUAAAAUGUGUGAACCUUGUACACGUGAUGAUUGUGGUGAAUGUGUUCAUUGUAAAGAUAUGCCCAAGUUUGGUGGCGUUGGAAAAAUGAAACAAUGUUGUAUGAAUAAACAAUGUAUUGCCCCAAUAUUACCUUCAACAGCCUCAUGUCAAGUAUGUUCAAAGAAAAAAGGUUCAAGAAAAUUAUCACAGUUGAAAGCCGAAGAAGUUUUAUAUGAAUGUGAAAGAUGCAUGGAAAUUCAUCAUUUACCCUGUUUCCAUAACACCCAUUGUGAUGUACCGAAUGAGGGUGUGUUUAGUGAUGAUAUACCAGAAACAUGGCUAUGUCCAAAAUGUAUCACAGCUGGUGCACCGGAACCUCCAUUGUAUAAAUUGCGUCCAAUUGUUCGGCGUACCCUGGUAACAACAAAUAAAGGCAAAAAUGGUUUAAUUGAAUUGCCCUAUAUAAUACGUUCAGCCAAUGAUGUAUUGCCAGCCAGCAUGCAACAACAACAACAACAACAACAACAGCAGCAGCAACAGCAACCAACAACGAAUGAACAUUGUUCAGCAUUAGAUUUAUACAGUACUGACGAUAUAAAUCAAUUAACAUCAGAUAUUUAUGAUUACGACACAAUAGAAAAUGAUGCUAAAAAGCGUCGUUUAUUUGCCGUCUCCUAUAGUGAUAAUGAUAAUCCAAUGUCCGAACAAUUAACAUUAAAUACAAAUAUGGAUGAUGUCGAUAAUGACUUAUAUGUACCGCAAAUGUUUGUUGUAUAA